CCUUUUCCAGUCUGAGCCCAGGGCCCCCACUGCCUCAUAAUCCGUCCCAGGUCCCAUCACUGAGCGGGAAUUGUUGACAGGUCACGUGUGGACCUUAGCGCUCCCACGCGGACUCAUCCUUUAUCCACGCUCCCGCUCCACGUCUCGCGCACGACGUCCUCUCAUUGGCCGGUUGUUCGGCGGACCCCGGAGCUGCAGGGUCGCUCUCCUCGGUGCUGAAAUCGCUGCUUCUCCUCGAAGACAAUGUGAACGACGAUGAGGCGGAAAGGAGCGUCACGCCAAUGCACACAAACAUGGACGAUGAUCUGUUCCAACUGAGACAGCUGCCUGUUGUCCGCUUCCGACGCACAGGUGAGAGCACGCGCUCCGAGGAUGACGGCGAGAACAGAGAGCAGGUUAUCAGGAUUGCUGCAGAGCAGACUGACCUGGAGUCUGUGGCUCUCACAGAUGGAGCUCCAGUACCACGGGAGUUUGCCAACCCCACUGAUGACACGUUCAUGGUUGAAGAUGCCGUAGAGGCCAUAGGCUUUGGGACAUUUCAGUGGAAGCUCUCCAUCCUCACUGGUCUAUCCUGGAUGGCAGAUGCCAUGGAGAUGAUGAUCCUGAGCAUCUUAGCCCCACAGCUUCACUGUGAAUGGAGACUGCCCAGCCUCGAGGUGGCACUGCUCACGUCGGCCGUGUUUAUUGGGAUGAUGAUCAGCUCCUCUCUUUGGGGAAACAUCGCUGACAGAUACGGCAGGAAGACGGGUCUGAAGAUGAGCGUGUUGUGGACCAUGUUCUAUGGCGUGAUGAGUGCGUUUGCACCCAUCUACGGCUGGAUCCUUGUCCUCCGUGCACUGGUGGGCUUUGGCAUAGGAGGAGCUCCACAGUCGGUGACACUGUAUGCUGAAUUUCUGCCGAUGAAGUCUAGAGCCACGUGUAUCCUGCUGAUUGAGAUAUUUUGGGCCUUGGGCACCGUGUUUGAGGUCCUCUUAGCGAUCCUGGUGAUGCCCACUCUGGGCUGGCGCUGGCUGUUGGGCCUUUCUACCAUUCCUCUCUUCAUCUUUUCCAUCCUGUGUUUCUGGCUUCCAGAGAGCGCACGAUACGACGUGCUGACAGGAAACCAAGAAAAAGCUCUGGCCACGCUGAAGCGCAUCGCCGCAGAGAAUGGAGCACCAAUGCCACUGGGAAAACUAGUCGCUGCCAGACAGGAGGAACGUGGAAAGAUUCAAGACUUAUUUUCAUCAAAAUUUCGCUGGACCACCGUCCUGCUGUGGUUUAUCUGGUUUGCAAAUGCCUUCUCCUACUAUGGACUGGUGCUACUGACCACUGAGCUGUUUCAGGAGGGAGGCGCAUGUGGAAUGUCCAAAGGCAAUAAGAUGGAGCCCCCUUGCAGCUUGGAGUGUAAAUAUCUAAACUCUGAUGACUAUAAAGAUCUACUGUGGACAACGCUGUCUGAAUUCCCAGGACUGCUGGUGACACUGUGGGCUAUUGAUCGACUGGGAAGGAGGAAGACUAUGGCGCUGUGUUUCUUUGUCUUCUCGCUGUGUAUCAUUCCACUCUAUGGCUGUGUUGGGAGAACGUCCAUGACUGUGUUAAUAUUCAUCGCCAGAGCCUUCAUCGCAGGAGGGUUCCAGGCGGCCUAUGUGUACACUCCCGAGGUUUACCCAACAGCAACCAGGGCUUUGGGCCUGGGAACAAGCAGUGGAAUGGCCAGAGUUGGUGCACUCAUUACACCAUUUGUUGCACAGGUGAUGCUUGAGUCCUCCAUAUACCUGGCUCUGUCCGUGUACUGCUGCUGCUGCCUGCUGGCCGCCAUCGCCUCAUGUGCACUGCCAAUUGAGACGACAGGCCGGGGCCUGCAGGAGUCCAGCCAUCGGGAAUGGGGCCAAGAGAUGAUGGGCCGGGCCUCCUCCCACAGCUCAGAAGGAAUCCCUCACUCUGGCUCCCAGGGAUGAGGACACGCCGGCUGGAGAACAACGGAGGACACUGCAGUGGAGAGGAGAGGCAACAGAGCUACACCAGCUUUCCGUGUCCAUCUCCAGUCCCACCCUAUGACCCUGUAAGCCAGGCAGCGCAACCUUUUCACACGUCACUGUACUUGUAGUCUACAACCGCCAUUGCUGUCACAGUUUUUCCACAGUGUUAGUGCACACAGGGUGACUGGGAAAAACCAAACGACCUGAACAAGUCAGAGAAAAAAAUGGUGGGCACGUUUGGAAACCUUAUUGAAGAAGCAGGAAUUCAAAUAUUCAAAGUAUUUGAAUCCUGUUUUUCUAAUGUAAAAGAAAUAAAAGAGCAGCCAAUAAAGUGUUAGAUGAAUUCGCUUCAAACAACUAUCUUUUUUUAAGAGCCUUAAAACUACCCAUUUAAUUUGUGGUUGAGAGAUCUGCUCUUAACUCAGUGGAAAAACCUGCUUUUAUUUGCAUUCUGGACUAAUUGCCUCUCAAAAUGCAUUAAUAACAAACUUGGCUUGACAAAAAGUACAAUGCUGGAGAAAAGAAUAGCUCAACAUCAAAGAAGAUCAGUCAGUUAAGUCUAGAGUUUGUGUCAAGGGAAUGAAAGGACAAAGUAGACAGUCAGUCAUCAUUAUACUUUUUAUUUAAACUAGAAUAUUUCACAUUCUAGUAUUUAUUCUCUCAUAAAAAGUAAGGUUAAGACAGAUUUAACUCCAGUUAUGGAGUGUCCACUGAUCCUGGACAAAUUAUAAAAGUUUACAUUCAAGUAUUAGGACAUUGCAAUUUCGACACUGCAAUGACCCAAAUGUGUCUCAAAUUUAAAUAGCAGUAAAUGAGUAUAUGGUGUUAGGACCACAAAGUCAUGUUGCAUCUUUUGCUUCACUCAGAGAUUGUGCACAGAUGGAACUCAUUCACCCGGAUGUUACUUUUUGUCUCUCUGUGAAAAGCGCAUUGAUACCUGGUUUAGUGUUGUCUUUGCUUUUGUUUGUUUAAAAAAAAAAAAAGGUGAUGUGGAAAAAGACUUUGACAAAUCUGUUUCUAUGAGUAACACACUGAUCAAAGUAAUAAAAAACAACAACACAAACGAACACAGCAUCCAGCACAGAUCCAGCAGCAGGCUCACACUUAACCUGCCAGUGUUUGAGAUAGAGUACUGCGUUGUGUGUCUGUGUGUCUGUGUGCACAGAUUCUUGUCAAUACUCUAGGUGUAAAUGUGUAUAAUAUCAUAGUAAAUGAUCUUUCAAAAAGA